AUGAAGGCCCAAGAUUCAAUGUCGACAAAAAAGGCCAAGAAAUCAAAACGACCCAGAAGCAGAUUGUUGCGAAGAAAAAGGCCAAAGAAGACGCAUCCAUCCUCAUAG